UUUUCUUUCUUUCUUUCUUCUUCUUUUUUUUUUCUCGGCUUCUCGCUCUCUUUCUUUGCCUCGGCAGCUGGCUGAGGGGGCGGGCCUUGCAGUCUUUGUUGCCGGAGGAGCGAGUGCAGCUGCCCGGCGGCUAGAGUCAGGACCUGGACCUUGGGAAGAGUUUAAAGCCAGGCAUGUCCUGAGUCGGACCCAGGCUCGGUUGGGACGCAAACGCGCAGACGAAGGCGUGCACAAGGGGUCUUCCUGAGGCCGCCCUGUCCUGGCCAUGCACCGUGGUCCGAGUCUCCUCCUGAUCUUGUGCGCUCUGGCUCCCCACGUCCCCGGACCUGCAUCAGGUCUUGUGACUGAGGGCCGGGCAGGUUUGGACAUUGUGCACCCGGUGCGAGUGGAUGCUGGAGGCUCCUUCCUGUCCUAUGACCUGUGGCCACGGGUGGUACGCAAGCGAGAUGUGUCUGUUAGGAAGGCCUCAUCUGCUUUCUACCAGCUGCAGUACCAAGGGCGGGAGCUGCUUUUCAACUUGACCACCAACCCUUAUCUCCUGGCUCCCGGCUUUGUGAGGGAGAUUCGACGUCAAAGCAGCCUAGGCCAUGUGCACAUCCAAACCAGUGUCCCAACUUGCCAUUUGCUUGGUGAUGUUCAGGACCCAGAGCUGGAAGGCGGCUUUGCAGCCAUCAGUGCCUGUGAUGGUCUAAGAGGUGUGUUUCAGCUCUCCAAUGAGGACUACUUCAUCGAGCCUCUGGAUGGAGUUCCAGCUCAGUCUGGACAUGCCCAGCCCCAUGUGGUGUACAAGCACCAAGGCUCUAGGAAGCAGGCCCAGCAGGAUGGUUCCAGGGCUUCAGGCACCUGUGAAGUGCAAGUGUCCCCAGAGCUGGAGCACCAGCGAGAACAUUGGGAACAGCAGCAGCAGAAGCGGAGGCAGCAGCGAUCCGUCAGCAAAGAGAAGUGGGUGGAGACCCUGGUAGUGGCUGAUUCCAAGAUGGUGGAGUAUCAUGGGCAGCCGCAAGUGGAGAGCUAUGUGCUGACGGUCAUGAACAUGGUGGCUGGACUCUUUCAUGAUCCAAGCAUUGGGAACCCCAUUCAUAUCACCAUUGUGCGCCUUAUCAUACUGGAAGAUGAGGAGAAGGACUUAAAGAUCACACACCAUGCGGAAGACACCCUGAGGAACUUCUGUAGGUGGCAGAAAAGCAUCAACAUGAAGGGUGAUGACCACCCACAGCACCAUGACACUGCCAUCCUGCUUACCAGGAAGGAUUUGUGUGCAUCCAUGAACCACCCUUGCGAAACGCUGGGCCUGUCUCAUGUGUCUGGCUUGUGCCAACCUCAGCUCAGCUGUAGUGUCAGUGAGGAUACUGGCCUGCCACUGGCCUUCACAGUGGCCCAUGAGCUAGGACACAGUUUUGGCAUUCAGCAUGACGGCACCGGCAAUGACUGUGAGUCCAUUGGGAAACGGCCUUUCAUCAUGUCUCCACAGCUCCUGUAUGACAGAGGCAUUCCGCUCACCUGGUCCCGCUGCAGCCGCGACUACAUCACCAGGUUCCUUGACCGUGGCUGGGGUCUGUGCUUAGAUGACCAUCCAGCCAAGGAUGUCAUUGAGUUCCCCUCGGUGCUGCCCGGUGUCCUGUACGAUGUGAACCACCAGUGCCGCCUUCAGUAUGGGCCUUAUUCAGUCCACUGCAAGGACAUGGAUGAUAUCUGCCACACAUUAUGGUGCUCUGUGGGGACCACCUGUCACUCCAAGCUGGAUGCGGCUGUGGAUGGCACACGCUGUGGGAAGAAUAAGUGGUGUCUCAAUGGAGAGUGCGUCCCUGAGGGCCUCCAGCCCGAGGCGGUGGACGGUGGCUGGUCCGGUUGGAGUGCCUGGUCUGUCUGCUCGAGGAGCUGUGGCGUGGGUGUACGGAGUGCUGAACGACAGUGCACACAGCCUGUGCCUAAGAACAGAGGCAAGUACUGUGUGGGGGAGCGGAAGCGGUUCCGGCUCUGCAACCUGCCAGCCUGCCCGCCGGACCGUCCCUCUUUCCGCCACACCCAGUGUAGCCAGUUUGAUGGCAAGCUCUAUAAGGGCAAGCUGCAUAAAUGGGUGCCUGUGCUCAACGAUGAGAACCCCUGUGAGCUGCACUGCCGGCCCUCUAACUACUCCAAUACAGAGAAGCUGAGGGAUGCCGUGGUGGAUGGCACCCCCUGUUACCAAGGCCGUGUCAGCCGUGACAUCUGCAUCAAUGGCAUCUGUAGGAAAGUGGGCUGUGACUUCGAGAUUGACUCUGGUGCUGAGGAGGACCGCUGUGGUGUGUGCCAGGGGGAUGGCUCUACAUGCCACACCGUGAGCAGGACCUUCAAGGAGGCUGAAGGCCUGGGGUAUGUGGAUGUAGGGCUGAUCCCAGCUGGAGCCCGAGAAAUUCUCAUUGAGGAGGUGGCUGAGGCUGCCAACUUCCUGGCCCUGAGGAGUGAGGACCCAGAUAAGUACUUCCUCAAUGGCGGCUGGACCAUCCAGUGGAAUGGGGACUACCAGGUGGCAGGCACUACCUUCACCUAUGCACGGAAGGGCAACUUGGAGAACCUCACAUCCCCAGGCCCCACCAGUGAGCCUGUCUGGAUCCAGCUGCUGUUCCAGGAGAAGAACCCUGGGGUACACUACCAGUAUACCAUCCAGAGGGACAGUCACGAUGGAGUCCAGCCACCUGAGUUCUCCUGGCAUUAUGGGCCCUGGACCAAGUGCACGGUCACCUGUGGCACAGGAGUGCAGAAGCAGAGCUUGUACUGCAUGGAGAGGCGGGCCGGAGUUGUAACUGAGGAGCACUGUGACCCUCUAAAUCGGCCCGUUGACCGCCAGAGGAAAUGCAGUGAGGAGCCCUGUCCCCCCAGGUGGUGGGCAGGGGAGUGGCAGCCGUGUUCCCGAUCCUGCGGGCCUGAAGGCCUCUCUCGCCGGGCUGUGUUCUGCAUACGUAGUAUAGGGCUGGAUGAGCAGCGUGCCCUUGAGCCAUCUGCCUGUGAACAUCUUCCCCGCCCCUUGGCUGAAACUCCGUGCAACCGUUAUAUAACCUGUCCUUCCACCUGGGGUGUGGGGAACUGGUCUCAGUGCUCUGUGACAUGUGGAGCUGGCAUUCGGCAACGAACUGUCCUCUGCAUCAACAAUACUGAUGUCCCUUGUGAUGAAGCUGAGAGACCAAUAACUGAGACCUUUUGUUUUCUGCAACCCUGCCAGUAUCCCAUGUACAUAGUGGACACAGGUGCCUCUGGGAGUGGCUCCUCCAGCUCCGAGCUCUUCAAUGAGGUUGACUUCAUCCCGAACCAGCCGGCCCCACGCCCUUCCCCAGCAUCCUCACCCAAGCCAGUCAGCAUCAGCAACGCCAUUGAUGAGGAGGACCUGGAAUUGGAUCCGCCAGGGCCUGCGUUUGUGGAUGAUUUCUAUUAUGACUACAAUUUCAUUAAUUUCCAUGAAGACUUGUCCUAUGGGUCUUUUGAAGAACCCCAUUCAGAUCUGGUUGAUAUUGGAGGUUGGACAGCACCACCUCACAUCAGAGCCACUGAACUCCCCUUAGAUACUCCAGUGUCUACUGCAGGGGCUCCUGGAGCUGAGGGAGAGGACAUUCAGGGAUCUUGGUCUCCUAGCCCUUUACUCAGUGAGGCUAGCCAUUCUCCAACAGUAUUAUUAGAGCAGACCUCUGUGAACCCCUUGGGCAAUUUCUUGACUGAGCAAGAUUCUCCCAUAGAGGCCCCUGAACUUGGGUUCCCCAGCUUGCCCUGGCCCCCAGCUUCAGUUGAUGAUAUGAUAACACCUGUUGCCCCUGGAAAUCCUGAUGAGUUGCUAGUGAAUGAAGAUAAGCAGACCCAGCCCUCCACUCCAUGGUCUGACAGGAACAAGCCUUCUAAAGAUGGUAACUCCUUGGGUCAUACAUCAGCUACCCUGCCCAAAAACCCUAUCCCCACACAGCCCUCUUCAGCCUCCAUCAGUACUACCCAAGCAUCUUCAAAUCCUGAUGUGGUAGAGGUGUCGACAGGAUGGAAUGUGGCCUGGGACCCUGUGCUAGAGGCUGACCUGAAGCCUGUACAUGGUGAGCUGCGACCCACUGUGGAGGUGGCUUCUCCACUUCCUCCCAUGGCCACUGUGCCAGACAUCUGGGGCAGGGACAGCCCUCUUGAACAAGGAACUCCCAUCUUUUCAACCCCAGAACUGAGCUCACAGAACCUAAAAACUCCAGUAAUGCCUGGGACCUUGCUUUUGACAGUACCAACUGAUCCAAGGAACUCGGGACCAUUGGGCCAGCCUCAGACCCCUAACCCUGAGGGGACCCAGAGCCCUGGGUUGCUGCCGAGACCAGCUCAGGAGACUCAAACUAACAGUAGCAAGGACCCUGAGGUCCAGUCUUUGCAGCCCAGCCUAGUGGAGGAUGGCGCCCCUGCAGAUCUGCUGCCUGCCAAGAAUGCCAGUUGGCAAGUAGGAAACUGGAGCCAGUGUUCCACCACCUGUGGCCUGGGCGCCAUCUGGAGGCUAGUGCGCUGCAGCUCUGGCCAUGAUGAGGACUGCACCCUUUCCAGCCGGCCCCAGCCGGCCCGCCAUUGUCAUCUGAGGCCCUGUGCUGCCUGGCGCGCGGGCAACUGGAGUAAGUGUUCUCGAAACUGUGGUGGAGGUUCCUCUACAAGGGAUGUACAGUGUGUGGACACACGUGACCUCCGGCCACUGCGACCCUUUCACUGUCAGCCCGGGCCUACCAAGCCACCCACCCGUCAGCUUUGUGGGACCCAGCCCUGCCUCCCCUGGUACACUUCCUCCUGGAGAGAGUGUUCUGAGGCUUGUGGUGGUGGUGAACAGCAGCGUCUGGUGACAUGUCCAGAGCCAGGCCUCUGUGAGGAGUCGCUGAGACCUAACAACAGCAGACCCUGCAACACCCACCCCUGCACACAGUGGGUGGUAGGGCCCUGGGGUCAGUGCUCUGUCCCCUGUGGUGGUGGUGUUCAGCGGCGUCUGGUCAAAUGUGUGAACACUCAGACAGGCUUGGCAGAGGAAGACAGUGACCUGUGUAGCCAUGAGGCAUGGCCUGAGAGCUCACGGCCAUGUGCCACUGAGGACUGUGAACUGGUUGAACCCCCACGUUGUGAGCGGGAUCGCCUGUCCUUCAAUUUCUGUGAGACGCUGCGCCUGCUGGGCCGCUGCCAGCUGCCUACCAUCCGUGCUCAGUGCUGCCGCUCCUGUCCCCCACCCAGCCGUGGUGUCCCUUCCCGAGGCCAUCAGCGGGUGGCCAGACGAUAAACCGAGGCCUGGCAUACACCAGCGCACAUCCGAAUGCACAGACUGACCCAUGACACACAGACCUCAGUGCCCCACCACAGGCUGCGGUGGAGCCCCGCUCCUCGUGUCCUAAUGGUGCUAACCCCACCCCUGCACAACGGCAGGCUGGGGAUCCCCUGUCCUUUCAGAAAAGGUAUUUUUUUAUUCUAACGGGUUGCACAUUUGUUAUUGUUUUACAUAAAUGAGUUAUCUACCCUUUCA